AUGACAGUGGCCUCGGCAGUGUCUGUGCUGCUGGUGGCGACGGAGAGGAAUCGGUGGCAGCGUCUCUCGGUCCUGCUGCUGCCUCCGAGAAAAUGGGCUUGGAACCAAAGAAACAUGAAAUACACAACAGCCACAGGAAGAAACAUCACCAAGGUCCUCAUUGCAAACAGAGGAGAAAUUGCCUGCAGGGUGAUGAGAACAGCCAAGAAAAUGGGUGUGCAGACUGUGGCUGUUUACAGUGAUGCUGACAGGAAUUCCAUGCAUGUGAAUAUGGCAGAUGAAGCCUAUCCCAUCGGCCCAGCUCCCUCUCAGCAGAGCUACCUCUCUAUGGAGAAAAUCAUCCAAGUGGCCAAAAUCUCUGCUGCACAGGCUAUCCAUCCAGGAUAUGGCUUUCUUUCAGAAAACAUGGAAUUUGCUGAACUUUGUAAACAAGAAGGAAUUAUUUUUAUAGGUCCUCCUUCAUCAGCAAUUAGAGACAUGGGUAUAAAGAGCACAUCCAAGGCCCUCAUGGCUGCAGCUGGGGUGCCUGUAGUGGAAGGUUACCAUGGCGAGGACCAGUCUGACUCAUGCCUGCACCAGCACGCAGGGAGGAUCGGCUACCCCAUCAUGAUUAAAGCCGUUCGAGGUGGAGGAGGGAAGGGCAUGAGGAUUGUUAGAUCAGAAAAGGAAUUUCAAGAACAAUUAGAAUCAGCUAGGAGAGAAGCUAAGAAGGCGUUCAAUGACGAAGCUAUGCUGAUCGAGAAGUUUGUGGACACACCAAGGCACGUGGAAGUCCAGGUGUUUGGCGAUCACCAUGGCAACGCGGUGUACCUGUUCGAGCGGGACUGCAGCGUGCAGAGGCGGCAUCAGAAGAUCAUCGAGGAGGCCCCGGCGCCUGGUAUCAAACCUGAAGUAAGAAGAAAGCUUGGAGAGGCUGCUGUCAGAGCUGCUAAAGCUGUGAAUUAUGUUGGAGCAGGCACGGUGGAGUUUAUUAUGGACUCACAGCACAAUUUUUACUUCAUGGAGAUGAAUACAAGACUACAAGUAGAACACCCUGUCACUGAGAUGAUCACAGGAGCUGACUUGGUGGAGUGGCAGCUUAGGAUUGCAGCAGGAGAGAAGAUUCCUUUGAGCCAGGAAGAAAUCCCUCUGCAGGGCCAUGCCUUUGAGGCUAGGAUAUAUGCCGAAGACCCUAACAACAACUUUAUGCCAGGGGCGGGACCGUUGGUACAUCUCUCCACCCCUCAUGCAGACCUUUCCACUCGGAUCGAAACCGGAGUACGGCAAGGAGACGACGUUUCCAUCCACUAUGACCCUAUGAUCGCAAAGCUGGUCGUAUGGGCUGCAGACCGCCAGGCAGCCCUAACGAAACUGAGGUACAGCCUUCAUCAGUUCAAUAUUGUUGGCCUGCACACCAACGUCGACUUCUUGCUCCGCCUGUGCGCCCACCCGGCCUUUGCCACCGGGGACGUGCACACCGAUUUCAUUCCUCAGCACCGCGAGGAGCUGCUGCCCAGCAGCAGUGCGGUAGCCAAUGAGCUUCUGUGCCAGGCUGCCCUGGGCCUCAUCCUCAAGGAGAAAGCUGUGACGGACGCGUUCACCCUGCAGACGCGAGAUCUAGUCUCUCCAUUUUCAUUCAGCAGUGGAAGAAGACUGAACUUCUGUUACACCAGAAAUUUGACUCUUAGAGAUGGUAAAAAAAAUGUGGCCGUCGCUGUAACUUAUAACCAUGAUGGGUCCUAUAACAUGCAGAUCGAAGGCGAGACCGUCCACGUAAGCGGUGCUCUGCACAAUGAGGGAGGCUGCACCUACCUGAGCAGCUCUGUGAAUGGCGUGGGCAAAAGAGCGAAGCUGGUGGUCGUGGGGGGCACUGUCCACCUGUUCUCUCCGGAAGGAAGCGUUGAGGUUGGCGUUCCAGCACCCAAGUACUUGUCUGCAGCGCGUGCAGAAGGCGCUCAGGGAGGCACCGUGGCGCCCAUGACGGGAACCAUCGAGAAGGUGCUUGUGAAAGCAGGAGACAAAGUAAAAGCUGGAGAUUCGCUGAUGGUUAUGAUCGCCAUGAAGAUGGAGCAUACCAUAAAGGCUCCCCGGGAUGGCACGAUAAAGAAGGUGUUCUACAUGGAAGGGUCGCAGGCCGACAGACACUCUCGUUUGAUUGAAUUCGAGGAGGAAGAAGGUGACAAAAGGGAAUCUGAAUAAACCUCAGCACAGAAAUGGCCGGUUGUGCAGAAUCUUCUCUAUGCUGCUGAAACACAAAAGUGCCUCGUGCAGCCCCUCCUGAGUAGCAGCUGUACCAAAUAAAGGCUCACGUGUGUGUACUAAAACCCUCCGCCUAGAGAAUCAUGUACUUGGGUCCGGGAUGCAAUGCUAAAUUAUCUCAAAAGGUUCAUUUUCCCCCCAUAAUUUUAUUGAGAAACAAAUAGCAAUGAGACAGUUUCAAGUUAAAUUGGUA